UUUUGUAAUGGGCAGAAUGAUUUCCUUAGUUCCAGAAAACCAAGCACGAAGCAAGUUCUUAACGACAAAAAAUAUAAAAACAGAAACUAGGCGCAAAGGUAUUUUGCACCGCAGCCAACCAAAGCCCCUAUCAGUGCCCGGUUCAUAGAAGAUAAAAGGGUGGGACCCGAUGAAGUUUUGUGAAGGAACAUCCGGAGCGAGUUCCACGUUGAACCAAGAUUCUUUCCUGUGACGACACGUUUGUCCACACUAGAACCUCAACACCAGCUGGUGAGACGCAUGCAUGACUCCUCAAGGCAGUCAAAGGUUGAAUGGAACUAAGGGUUCGAGAGAGAAACAGAAACUACAUGGACUCAUGUCAUCCCUCUUUUGCAAAGCGUCAUAUAUCAGCUCAGCCCUCCCCUGCAAAAUCCACUACUAGGUCACUGCUGCGCGUAAGCCAUGCACUACCCUUUCUCACUCUAACCGUGUCCUAUUCUCCUUUGUCCAUCUGUUCUCUCCCUCAAACUUCCCCUUUACUACAUGUAUAUAUCUGUCGCAUGCUGGCACAUUUUUCUUCCAAGUCCUAAUUAAGUCAUCUUAAUUAAGUCAUCUCUAUAACCCACACUUCACUGCCCCUUCGAUUACCUGCAAAAGGUGAAAAAAAACAAUGAAGACCCCAGUUGGAGAAAGGUUCUCCCAGUUCUUCGAGAAGUGGAUUUGUCAACUUGAUGAUUACUUGCAACAGCUUCUCAGGGUGUCCAAAGAAAGUUUAAGUAGUGAAGCUGAUGAACAACAAGCUCUGGUGUCAAAACUGACAGCCCAUUACAAAGAAUUCUACACUGUCAAAUGGACUGCUGCUCAUGAAGAUGUGCUUGCCUUCUAUUGUCCAGUUUGGUUAAGCAAACUAGAGAAUGCUUAUUCAUGGCUUACUGGUUGGAAACCAUCUAUGAUAUUUCGACUCGUUGAGUCAAUGAGGAGGACUCGGGUGCCUGGCCCGGGUUUGGCUGAGUUGACGGAGGAGCAGCUAAGGAAGAUAGAGCAGUUAAGAAUGAAGAUAAAGUUAGAGGAAGAGAAGGUGGAGAGGGAAAUGGAGAGGCAGCAAGUGGCAUUGGCGGACCGCAAGAUGGUCGAGCUGGUUCGUAUGGCGAGCCGAAUAAGGAAAGGGGAGUUGGUGGGUCAGGUGGACGGGUUGGUUGAGGUGGCGAUCAAGGGUAUACUGGCAGGGCUGGAGAGGGUCAUGAAAGCUGCUGACUGUGUGAGGCUCAAGACUCUGAAAGGAGUUUUGGAUGUUCUGAACCCAUCGCAAUCUGUGGACUUUCUGGCUGGGACGUGCAUGCUUCAGAUUCAGCUGAGGCAAUGGGGCCAAAGAAGGGAUGGCCAGAACGGGCCUAGAUUGGAACCACACAACAAUGCUCUUUUCUAAGAAAAGUUACUACUGAGUUUUGUAACUGCAAGUCAUGGUCUAUUCUGUUCAUCUGUCAUCUGUCUUAUCCAUGAAUUUGCACGCUUUACUUUCAGUUGCAAUUUAGGAGUAAUUUUCUUUUAAGGGAAAUUUGAGAUGUUGCGUCAAAGAAUUGAGUAAACGACCAUGGCCUGCCGGGGUGAGCAAACAGUAGCAAAAAGACUGAUUUCGGCAGAGCCAUGCACAUUGUUGAUGAUUACCACUAAUUGUGGCAACAGGGGUGGGACGUUCACAUUCUCAAAACUUUACUUUUAGUCUGUCACUUAUAAAGUCACUGCUUUUGCUUUUUUGCUUUUCCUG